AUGGCUGUCUCAAAUGUAGAUGUUAUACUGUGUGGUAUCUGUGAUGCUCAGCAUACAUCACACGUUGCUGAUUACUGGUGUCCUGAAUGUGACGAAGGUCUGUGCUCGACAUGUACAAAUUAUCAUGGCAUUUCAAAAGCCUCGAGGAAACAUGGAAUUAUUCUUAUCGACGACUACAAGCAACUUCCGGCUGAGAUUUGUAAAAUCGAACAGAAUUGUAGAGAACACGACAAGAAAUUCCAAAUGUUUUGUCCCCGUCAUGACCAACUUUGCUGUAUAAUGUGCGUUUCUGAAAACCACAAAGAAUGCACGGGAAUGUUCUUAGUUGACGAUGUCAUCAAGUCAUCAAGAUCUUCAACCUUGUUUGACAGCUUGGAGAAGUCUCUAAAAGAUAUUCAGGAUAACAUUGAGAAGGUAGUAAAGGACCGGAAAGCAAAUAUCGAUGAAAUAAAACAACAGCAUCUUAAAGGAUUAGAUGAUAUAAAAGUAACAAGACAAAAAUUAAAUUCCCGCUUAGAUGAAAUAGAGAAAACCCUAAAAGACGAUUUGAAUUCAACUGAAAGACAACUAAAACUUAAAAUUGAAACCCUCCUUAAUAAGUUAUCCACAAAAAUAAAAACAAUUGAGCUCUUGAAGACAAACCUUAUGUCCGUCAAACAACAUGGAUCCGAUCUGCAGGCUUUCAUUGGCAGUAAAAUGUUUGAAAAGGACGUCACUGAUGAGGUAAAAUACUUACAAAUUAUAUCGGAAGAUGAUGGGUUUUUCCAAUUCGAUUUGAAAUGCCAGAUAGACGAUAAGAUUACAGAAAUGUUAUCCAAAAUGACUGCAUUCGGAUCAAUAAAAAUUGAAAAAAAUCAAUCGACAGUCGUCAUUGGCGUCGGUCAUCAAAAGCAGACUCAGAUUUUCAAGGCUGUUCCAUUACGUAGUAAAUCUAUUGAUGACAUUUCUGCACGAUUGGUAGGAUUUGUCAAGGUUCCUGGAGGACAAUCCAGUUCAUUUAUAACAGGGUUUACUGUCUUUCCGGAUGAAAGGAUGAUAUAUGCGGACCUUAGUAAUAUGAGAGUAGUUAUCGUACAAAAAGAUGGAACUCUAGAUACUGAAAUACCUCUUUAUCCUCUAAACCCAUCUGAUGUGACAUGUAUUGAUGACGAAACAGUAGCUGUUACAGCUCAUUAUCAAAAUAAAAUACUAAUUAUAGACACAAAGACAAAACAAGUUACAAAAACAAUCCAGACAGGCGCUAGUCGAGGUAUUACAUACAGACAAGGACAGCUAUUAUACUGUGAAAAAGGGAAAGGGAUCCUAGGGAUACAACUGUCAAACUUUAAAAUAUGUACACUUGUGCAAGAUUGCACCAUAAAAAACGAUUUUAGUUACAUAGCAACCUCGGGAGAGAACAUUUACUAUAUUGAUUGUGAUUCUUCAGUCAAAUGCUACAGUGUAAAGGGAGACAAACAAUGGGAAUACAUAAUUCAAUUCUGA